CACCCUCUCCCCUGCAUGCAUCCCCACACACCUCCCUCUCGCCGCCGCUCUCGAGCAUCCGCCGUCUCCCGGGAAACGCCUCACGGAGGGAUGGCCGCCGCUGGUCCUUUGGCGCUCACAGCCGCUCAGAAUGCAGUCGGCGCGGCUGAAGGCGCGAGUGACGCCCUGGCGGGCCGUUCCUUUCGGUACGCGUUACGCUCCCUCCCUCCACGGGGAAGAUGGCCGUUGGCGAUGGCGAUGGCGGCCGGCGGUGGUUACGGUGACUGCUGUUUCGGGCGGGCCUACGGAGGUAGCUGACUCAUCUUUGGAAACAAUCUGACAUGCUUCUGUAGAAAGUAUCAGAUUUGUUUUUGUGCUGUGCUUUGCUUUGCAAGAUGUGGGUCAAUUUAAUUUGAAUUGCAUGUAAAGUUACAGUAACAACAAUAAUCAAAUAACAUACCCGAAUAUUCAUUGGAAACAAAUGGAAAGGUAUGAGAAACUGGUAAAAAUCGGUGAAGGAUCUUAUGGUGCUAUAUUCAAAAGCAGAAACAAGGAUACAGGUCAGACUGUAGCCAUCAAGAUAAUUGUGGAAUCAGAAGAUGAUCCCUUCAUAAAGAAGAUAGCUGUGAGGGAAAUCCGCAUAUUAAAGCAAUUAAAACAUAAUAACUUAGUGAAUCUGCUUGAAGUAUUCAGAAAAAAACGUAAAUUGCAUCUCGUGCUAGAGUACUAUGAUCACACUGUAUUACAUGAGCUGGAGAGGUAUCCCAGAGGGUUACCAGAAGUCAUGGUUAAAAACGUUAUGUGGCAAAUCCUUCAAGCUGUUAGCUUUUGUCAUAAUCACAAUUAUGUUUGUCGAGAUGUCAAGCUGGAAAACAUUCUGAUUACUAAACAAGGGAUUAUCAAGCUAUGUGUCUUUGGAUUUGCCAGAAUGCUUACAACUCCAAGAGAUGCUCACACAGACAAUGUAGCGACCCGGUGGUAUCGAGCACCCGAGCUACUUGUGGGAGAAACACAAUAUGAGGCUGCAGUGGAUAUCUGGGCGCUAGGUACUAUCUUUGCAGAGCUCGUAUCUGGACAGGUAUUGUGGCCUGGGAAAUCAGACAUAGACCAAAUCUGCCUGAUAAUAAAGACUCUGGGUAAACUUAUCCCAAGACAUGAGCUUGUAUUCCAGAGUAACCAACUUUUCUUGGGAGUUUGUAUACCUGAGCCAGAUCCUGAAGAUAUGGAGCCCCUCGAAGAGAAGUUUCCAAACUUAAAUCCUCGUGCUCUGGCUUUCAUGAAGAGUUGUUUGAAAAUGGAUCCAGUGGACAGAUGUAACUGUGAAGAGUUGAUUGACAGCCCUUAUUUUGAUAAAUAUAGAGAUGGAAAUGAGAAAUCCAAGCAGUGGCUUGAUGGCCGGAAUCAAAAAAGACAGCAGCUUCUGCCUCAGCUCUCUGGUAAUAAUGGGUCCCCUGCAGCAGACCCCAGAAAGCAGGUUCGUCAGCAGCAAUACGAUCAUCUUCCAACCAUCUAAUAAUCCCAUCAAAUUUCAGUGUGAUUCUGAAAUGAAGGAAAUGCAUAAAUGAAAUGUUUUCAGGAAAGAUUUAUAUAUGACUGAAGUGCUUUUAUAGAUGCUCCUGUGUGUUAUGUUACAUUCUGUAAAUUUUAUUCUUAUUUUUAUUCUCAACAUCCUGAACAGAUCUCAUGUUUGUGUUUCUUAACUCAAAAUAUGGUUAUUUUAAAUAUGGAAUUAAAAGUUCGAUUUCAUUUCUUUGACAGAGGUGUGAUAUGCUUUUGUUUGUCUAUGGGUUUGCUACUUGAGAAUUGCCAGAAUUUUUCAAUGAUGCUGCCUGACACCUUUUGGCAGUACAGUGUCCCCCGCUUUUCGAACGUUCGCUUUACAAAAUCUCACUGUUACGAAAGAUCUACAUUAGUACCCUGUUUUCGCUUUCAGAAGGUGUUUUCACUGUUACGAAGAAAGGCAGCGCGCGAUAAAAAAUCAGUGCGCGAAAAAAUCAGCGCGCAGUAAAAGGCAGCGCGUGCCCCGAGCAGGCGCUCUGCCCCGGAUUCGGAACGGCAUUGUUGAAACACGUUGC